UGCGGGGGCGGGACGGCGGGCGGUGACAGCCAGGCGGGCGGUGACAGCCAGGCCCCCGGCGCGCUCCCGCCCGCUGCGCGCACCGACUCUGCUCCGCGCCCACCGACUCCCGCCGGCAUGUCGCGCUCACUGUUCAAGGGAAACUUCUGGAAUGAGGACAUCCUCAGCACCAUCGGCUACGACAGCAUAAUCCAGCAUCUGAACAAUGGCCGUAAGAACUGCAAGGAGUUUGAAGAGUUUUUGAAAGAAAGGGCAGCGAUUGAAGAGAAAUAUGGCAAAGAUCUGCUCAACCUCUCUAGGAAGAAGCCAUGUGGGCAGUCUGAGAUCAACACCCUGAAGCAGGCCCUCAAAGUCUUCAAGCAGCAAGUAGACAGUGUGGCACAAUGUCACAUUCGGCUUGCGCAGACUCUAAGAGAAGAGGCCAGGAAGAUGGAAGAAUUCAGGGAAAAGCAGAAGCUACAAAGGAAAAAGACAGAGCUCGUAAUGGAUGCUGUCCAUAAACAAAAGAGCUUACAAUUCAAGAAAACCAUGGAAGCAAAGAAGAACUAUGAGCAGAAAUGCCGAGACAAAGAUGAGGCAGAACAAGCUGUCAACCGGACCGCCAACCUGGUAAACCCAAAGCAACAAGAAAAGCUUUUUGUGAAACUGGCAACUUCAAAGACUGCAGUAGAGGACUCUGACAAAGCGUACAUGCUGCACGUCAACAUGCUGGAUAAGGUCCGGGAAGAAUGGCAGAGCGAGCACAUCAAGGCCUGCGAGGUGUUUGAGGCUCAAGAAUGUGAACGAAUAAACUUCUUCCGGAAUGCAUUGUGGUUACAUGUAAAUCAGCUGUCACAACAAUGUGUCACAAGUGAUGAUAUGUGUGAACAAGUUCGUAAGAGUUUAGAACUGUGCAGCAUUGAGAAGGACAUUGAAUUCUUUGUGAAUCAACGCAAGACUGGACAGACUCCACCAGCACCCAUCAAGUAUGAGAAUUUCUACUGCCCCCAGAAGAAUGCAGCCUCACCAGGAAAGGCUAGUGGGCCUAACUUGGCAAGGAGAGGACCUCUCCCAAUUCCUAAAAGUUUACCAGAUGACCCUGAUUAUUCUUUGAUUGAUAACUAUAGUUUGCUCUAUCAGUAACAUUAAUG